AUGCGAAGUUGCCGAUUGCUAAAGAUAUUUAUCCGUAUCAAGCCCUUUUUAGUGGUUGUGAAUUGCAUUCUUACAAUACUUCCAUCUCUCCUAGCCUAUGCCUGCAUGUUAUUCAUACUUUUCUACUUUUUUGCCACUAUUGGCAUGACAUAUUUUGCAGGCCUAUUUACGCCUCCUACUAAUCUAAGCUAUACCAACUUGUCUAACGAGACCGUUAACUGUAAUAAUAGUCGGCUUGCUGAUAGUGAAUAUGUUUCAUGGCAUUAUUGUAUCUUUAACUUUAACAGCCUCACAGAGGCCUUUGUAAUCAUGCUCGUACUAACAGUGGGUAAUAAUUGGCACAUCUUCACUGCAGGACAUGAAGCAGUAACAAAUCGUUGGACUCGCCUUUUUUUCCUGAUUAUACAUAUCUCUUGCGUACUCUUAGUUUUAAAUAUUGUGCUUGCAUUUAUAAUUGAGGCUUUUCUCAUCCAGUUUGAAGCGCAAAAGAGUUCGUUUGAAGAAGAGAUACGAGAACGCUUGCGUGAGUUGAAUAUCGAAGCCAAUGAGCAACUCAGCUUACGUGGACUGAUCGGCUACAAUGAGUCUGGCUUUAUGCUCACUCGAGAAAUGUUGGACCAGGCGUUUCCUGAGGAAGAAGAAGAAGAAGAUGGGGAAGAGACUAGAAAAAAACGGAACUCUGUUAGCAGGGAGUUUACAGCUUUCUUAUUACAUGAAGAAACAACAUCAAUAGAAGUGAUGCUUAUCCGAAUGUUUCAGAGUGAAUUGGAAGAACUCUCUACAAGCUAUAUGAAAAAUAUUUCUGAGCGUACGUCUUCGAGACCUUCUGUGGAUUCUGAUUCUGAACAAGGAAGCACCAGUUCUAUGCACGAUAAUUUCAAGUUCCAGAACGUUCUAAAUUAUUAA